CGCGGACGAGAGCUGUCGUGCUGAAAGUGCGGGUAGAAUAACGGAAUUUGAAUAAUAUUCGAUUUUCAAAAAAAAUCUAAGGACAUUAACAUACUAAACUCAUUGUGUAUUGUGUCGUCUUUUGUGCUUAGUGACUCAGUAAAUUGUGUUUCGAAGUAUGUAGAGUUGUUUUUAAUGUGACUCCACACGACAUGUUUAUACGUGUGAAGCUGAUAACUGAGAGCAAAUGUUACUUCAAAGAUCCAACACAAAGCAUUUGAAGCCCGCAAUGGACGUGUGUAGUGAUAAAUCCAAAACAAAAAUGAUAACAUGACGAAAUAUGUUUCCGGUCGGACAGUUUCAUAAAGCGCGGACUAAAAAAGAGGCGAUGCGUCAAAAUGAUGGACACAAUAACAAAAACGGAAACAACAAAUCAUAUACUAACAAACUUGUAUGUUUUAAUUUAUAUUCUUUCCUCUUUAUAUUUUUUCUAUCACUAAAAACUGCAAACUCCAACACAACUAACAUGAACCACCACAGUGAUAAGCCAAGUGUUAAUGAUAAACUAAACAAACUAAAUAUCAAUAGUGUUCAAAACGAUCAGCCGAAUGAAGACUACGAUGAUCACGACGGUAUUAGUUCUGGUGAAAAGUAUACAAACGUCAAUUUUGAUAAAAAUCCAUAUUAUAAUGAGGAAUUUCCUCACAGUGCUAACUUUUAUAAUCCUGAGAAAAGUGGUUACAGUGACUAUGGUGAUUACAAGAGAUAUUAUUUGAAUUCAAACUCAAUUCCAAAAUCUAAUGUUAAGUUUAGGAUAAGUAGUAGGAUAGUUCAGACUAAAUAUGGGAAAUUACAGGGGAUAGUUUUGGCAAUGGACGAGCACAAAUUCUUGAGUCCGCUCGAAGUUUUUUUAGGAGUUCCAUAUGCGACGCCGCCAGUUGGAUCGAACAGAUUCAGUCCAACACGGACGCCGUCGCCGUGGGAGGGCGUGCGAGUGUCAGACCUGCCGGGCCCGUCCUGUCCGCAAAAGCUAUUGGAUCUGGACGACGAGCGAAUUCUAUUAGAAAAAAUGCCUAAAGGCAGAUUAGAUUAUUUGAAAAGACUGAUGCCUUAUCUUAAGAAUCAAAGCGAAGAUUGUCUUUAUUUGAAUAUUUUUGCGCCCUUGCAAAUGGAUGAAACAAAGCUAGCACUACCAGUGUUGGUGUACAUACAUGGAGACAGUUACUCGCUGAGUUCUGGCAACCCUUAUGAUGGUGCCGUGCUGGCUGGCUACACGGACCUCAUCGUGGUCACUCUCAACUACAGGCUUGGAGUACUAGGUUUCCUGAAUGCAAAUCCAUCGCCACACCUAAAAGCCAGGGUUGCCAACUACGGGUUAAUGGAUCAAAUAGCGGCUUUGCACUGGGUUCAACAGAACAUCGCUCUAUUCGGAGGCGACCCUACCAACAUCACCCUCAUGGGGCACGGCUCUGGCGCUGCCUGUAUCAACUUCUUGAUGAUAUCACCAACUGUUAUGCCAGGUCUAUUCCACCGUGCCAUACUAUUAUCAGGAUCAGCUUUAAGCUCAUGGGCUAUAGUCGACGAUCCGAUAUACUACUCUCUGAAACUGGCAAAACACAUGAACUGCACUAUACCAGAAGACCUCGCAAAAGACCACGAAGUUAUAGUUGAUUGUUUAAGAGACGCUACUAUAGAAGAAUUGUUAUCGAUAGACAUAUCCCCACCGAACUUUUUAACUGCAUUCGGACCAUCGGUAGAUGGUGUUGUAAUUAAGACAGAUUUCGCCAAAGACUUUUUAACUGUACAUUCAAGUUCAGACUUUCCUAGUUUCGGUCCUCUAAAUAAUAUGAACCAAAAUAACUUUCAUAUAAAAAGAAGUGACAGUGGGAGACGAUUGUUUCAAAAUAAGUACGACUUGUUGUUUGGUGUUGUGACUUGUGAAGCGCUUUGGAAGUUUUCGGCGCACGACGUCCAAAAUGGAAUUGAACCAGAGAAAAGAGAUCGAAUGCUUAGAACGUAUGUGAGAAACUCCUACACGUACCACCUGAGUGAAAUAUUCUAUACGAUUGUCAACGAGUACACGGACUGGGAAAGAACGGUAGAGAACCCAAUAAACACGCGUGACGCGACCGUGUCAGCGCUGUCGGACGCUCAGUAUGUGGCGCCACUCAUGCAGAGCGGCGACUUGCUGAGCGGCGGGCCCAAGGCGACCAGCACUGAUGAAGACGGCCCUGGCAGACCUACUAAGACGUUUUUUUACGUCUUUGAUUAUCAGACUAGAGACGGGUUCUAUCCUCAGAGGAUGGGAGCAGUCCACGGCGAAGAACUGCCAUACGUAUUCGGCGCACCGCUUGUGGGCGGUUUCGGCCAUUUUCCCGAAAACUACACAAAGUUCGAGACGGCAUUAUCUGAGUCUAUAAUGCUCUUUGUGGCCAAUUUCGCUAAGACCGGCAAUCCAAACGACAACGCUCGUCAAGAGGCUUUCCUCCCGGCGUCGAGGGAAAGGAACAAGCUGCGCGGCGUCAUCUGGGAGGAAUACGACUCGACGCACCAGAAGUAUCUCGAAAUAGGUAUGAAACCUCGAAUGAAGAACCAUUUCCGAGCACAUCAGCUGUCCGUCUGGUUGCGCCUCGUACCGGAACUGCACCGCGCCGGCAUGGAGGACGUCGCCGCGCGCCACAACCUGUUCAGAAAUCACAACGAGCAAGAUCUUUACGAAGGCAUCGUCAGACCGGAUCCAUUGGCAAGGAACGCCGAUAACGAUCCGAUAAGGCGAAACGGCACCGCCUAUUCUGAUACAGCCUUAACUACAGUCGAUUCCAUAUUAGCGACGUGCGCUACCAUGAUCCCAAAUAGAGACUUGCAGGCUAUCAAUACGACAGAUAAUACUCUAGCCAAUUUGGAGGCCGCGGGCUAUGCGGCGUAUUCCACAGCGCUGAGUGUAACAAUAGCUAUCGGAUGUUCGCUGCUCAUAUUAAACGUUCUCAUAUUCGCGGGAGUGUACUACCAGAGGGACAAGUCGAGGUCGCGCGGCAAACAGCAACGGUUCAACGAAAAACACUUCGAAACAAUAUCGGGGAAACACUCCCAUUAUCAUAUCGACCCGAACAUCGCCCCCAGCUUAGUCGUGGACAUCGAGCGGCAAAAUAGAAAGAAAAUGAUGGACGCGAGCAUUUCCAAUUUGAACUUUAAGGGCCCGCUCGACGGUCCAAAAUCGCCCAGCCCCACUUUGAGUAUAGAUAAUAUGAUGUUGCCAAGUAAAUUGGGCAGUCGAAAUAGUAGUUUCAGGUUGCCAAACGCUAGCUAUCCCCAAGUGGGUGGUUACGCAACGUUGCCUAAGAAUUUGAACCAAUUUAGUAAUUCGCCGCCGAUGCAGGACUUGAGGCAGAAGUAUCCACCGAAUGGGUCGGCAAAUUCACCUGGCAGAGACGACGCUUCUAGAGCUCCCCACGCAACUCUCAGAAGAGGUAAAUCUCUCCACCCUUCUAGUCUUCCGCAAGCGGCGAUCGAUGAAAUGAGAGUGUGACGUUUGAACUAAAUUGGACUUUUGUAAAAUAUCGUGAAGUGUAAAUAAGUGUAUGGGAAUGUCUUUUUUUAGGGAUGGACGUUAUCGAUUCUCUCAGUCGCAGUAAAUACUGUUUUUAAAUAAAUUAUCGAAUGUAAUUUCAA